AUGAGCAAAUCAACUAUCUUCAUACUCUUUCUUAUUCUCAAUUCCUUCUGUGCAGUCCUCUCAACUAAUUACCACUUCACAUUUCAUGUGAAACUUCGCUGUAGAAUCACCCAUGAGAAAUUCGGAUUCAAAGCUCAAUUCUUUGAUAAAGAUGUGAUGUGGUGGAACGGUGACGAUCCGAUCACAGAGGAAUAUAUAGAUAUUUCUCCCCCGGGAGAUGUCACUUUCAAAUCAGAAGGAAUGCUCACUGGAGAUGAGUGGAUGUCGGAAUAUUUCGCGGUGAAAAUGGUUCUAUACCACACUUGUAACUCGAUGGACAAAGAAGUUCGAGUUGAUAUGGAUAUAUUCCCACUUGCAUUCAUCUCCUAUAAUUUGGAGGAUAACAAAUAUUAUGAUUACAAAUUUACAGCGAAUAUCACAGAGUUGAGUGGAGAUACCUGGCAGCAUGCAAGUUUACUCCAGAAUUAA